AUGCUUGAACAAAGUAGAGAUGAUGCAAAUCUCAAUCGAGUAUCAAGUAUCGAAGAAGAAGAACAACAACGUCAUCCUCAAGCAAUUCUUCAAACAAGUCCAUCAACAAUCAGUUCUGAUGGUAUUAAUUUACCUCGUAGUGUUCUUGAUGUUCUUAAUGAUAUAUAUGCAAAUCAAGCUCAUCGACGAUGUAUGGAUAUAAGUUAUUGUACAUUACUUUCAAUGACAUUAGGAAUUACUUUUUGGGUAUCUUAUUGGUUAACAUCUAAUCGUUGUCAAAAUUUAAAAGAUCCUCAAUCGAAUUCGUCUCUUUGUAAUGUUGUUAUCAUGUUUGAAGUAUUUACAUUUAUAACAGUUUGUAUUUCACCAAUUUUAUUUAUAUUUUCGAUUUAUUUCUGGAUAAAUUAUGCAUGUUAUAAUCCAUUAGAUCGAAUUCGAGAAAAUUUUUUUGAAUUAAAAUUAGAAGGUAAUCAAUGGAAACAACAAUUAGAUUAUUAUUUUUCUAGAAAGAAAAUAAAAUAUUUAAAUUGUUGUUAUUAUAAACAAAAACAACAAUUAAAUAAUCGAGGUUAUGGUUAUAUUAUUUUAUCAUCACAUGGUAUUGUUCUUGAUGAAUUAUUACUUAUAAGUACUCGAAAUAAUAUUAUUGAUAAUGGAAUUAUAUUUCCUAAUGAAAAAAUAUUAAGAUUAACUUUUAAAAGAACUUGUACACGACCUUGGAAAAUUCAAUUUUCAAUUUAUUUACCUGAAAAUUAUGAUGAACAACAUUAUACGGAAAAACUUACGCAAUUAUUAAAAAUUCAAAUUAAUAUUGACAAUACUCGUCCACUUCGUCCUUGA